CAACUUUGAAAGGUCUGCGGAACAGUCCAUCGGAUUUUAGUACUGAGUCAUCUGCAAAUUUUUAAUUUCUUCCAAUUUUCCCGUAAAAAGCUGUGAAAAUGCUCUUUUCACGCUUUCUUCGACCAAUGGUUGGGCUCUCCAGGGCAUCCUUAAUCACUCAAUCACGCACCAAGACACACUUCCGAAGUGGUGCCCUCAAACCUUGCCCAGAAACUGUGCCAUUCGGGCUUGUAGGCAUUUUCUGCACUGUGAUUCCAGGUCUCCUGAUUGGUGCUGCAAUUAGCAAGAAUGUGGCAAAUUUCCUAGAAGAAAAUGAGCUGUUUGUUCCGGAUGAUGAGGAAGAUGAUUAGACAGUGUCCGCAUAUUUACCUCCAACUUCUAUAAAUAAAUCUCCGGAUAAUUUUAACGCCAAAAACUUAUUUAUUGCUAUUUAUUCUGUGAAAAUUAAAUAGUCUGUGCGUACUGGACUUUCGUUGCUCUUCUCUUUUUUUUUUAAAUAUAGUAAAAAUGAUGAUCUUAGAAAUUGUUAAAUAUUUUAAACAAUACCAUUGCACAUGUUAGUUCAAUAAAAUAUUAAUGAAAAUGAUAA